AUGCUCUUCCAUCACUCAGCCCUAUUACUCGUCGCUGCAGCCACCAUCAACUCAGUGCUUGGUCAAGGAACCGACCACCACGACUCCAUCGACAAUACCGAUUACCGCCACGGCUAUAACGCUCGUUUCACGACACAUAUAGUCCGUGAAGGGCCCGCUGCCACACCUGCUGCCAUUUCCCAAGACGAAGCCGACCUACUUGCAAACCCCGCCUUCCGCAACCCCACCAUAGGCGUCAACUACCCUGCCACCAACGAUGCCUUGCACAUCCGCACGACUCCCAAGAACGGCAAGGGUGGAAACAAGAAGGACAAGAAGACUUGCAAGGCCAAUGCCUUGAAGAAGUUUCAACAGAUCUAG